AUGCCUGCCAAAGCUGCCCCCAAGAAAGGAGCCAAGAAGGGUUUCACUAAGAAGGCGAGAAAAGGGGACAAGAAACGCCGCAGGACGAGGAAGGAGAGCUAUGCCACGUAUGUGUACAAGGUGUUGAAGCAGGUGCACCCUGAUACUGGCAUUUCUGCCAAGGCCAUGAAAAUCAUGAACAGUUUCGUCCAGGAUAUCUUCGAGUGCAUCUCGGCCGAAUCCUCCCGCUUGGCCCACUACAGCAAGCACGCAACCAUCAGUUCCAGGGAGAUCCAGACAGCUGUACGCCUUCUGUUACCCGGAGAGUUGGCUAAACACGCCGUAUCUGAGGGUACCAAGGCUGUCACCAAGUACACGAGUUCAAGGUGA